ACAGUCAAAUGAGUCAGUGUUAACAGAGAUCUUUGUGCAUUGUUUCGACGCUAACAAAAACAAUUCGAAAAAUUGUAAGAAAUUCAAGAAAAACAACAGAAAAAAAAGGACGACGAAGAGUGGAUGAUGAGUGCCAAUAUGAAGAAUGUGAAACUAAGUCACUUUGCCGGCAACUCUGGCUCUGCAGGAGGAUCUUUUAAUAUGUCUGGAGGCGGUGGUGGUGGUGGAUUGGCUGGAUCAGCUGGAGCUGGUGGCGGCAAAUCUGGAGCUGCCUCAUUGGGAGCAGGAGGGUCUGGGGCAGAUAAUGACAACUUUACGACACCCAGUGGCGUGACCAUACCCUUUAUACGCACACGAGAUGUACCAAAACAGUUGCCCACUCUAGCUGCUGCCCUCCAGCGAAGUUUGGAUGAGCCUUUGGCUGCCGAAGAUUUGGAUGCGGUGCAAUUGGAAUUGGAACUCAUGUUAUCCAAUGUAGCCUUAAGGAGUCGCGUAUUGAAGUCGGAAUACGAAAAUCUGGAUAAGGAUGAGAAGCGUAGAAAGUUGGAACGUUUACCGGGUGGUUCACCGCCUGGACUUAAUGCUAUUGGAGCAAAUGGUGCAAAUAUAAUCGGUAAUGGCAAUGUUAGCCAUUCCACCGCCUCGUCUAUAGGUGCAAAAAGAAAAAGGGAAGAGCCAACUGGAGUACGAAAAAAGCAUUCAUCAAUGACAAUUAUAAACAAACAACAAGCAGCAUCAGCAGCAGCGGUUGGCAUUGUGAAGUUAUCGAAGAACAGUCCAAUGUAUGGACAAACAGAUGAUAGUUUGGAUUAUGCGCCACCUGCCACCACUUCAAGCAACAAUUUGCCACCCAAAGUGGCCUUACCCAAGAAUGAUAUGCCCAAUAAAUUUUGGCUAUCAGUGGAGCCAUAUUGUAUGCCCUUGACUCAUGAAGAUUUGCGGUUAAUUGAUGAUCUACUCGAGCAAUAUCGAGGACCCUUAGUGCCUCCAAUACCAACGUUGGGACCACACUAUUCCACCCUUUGGUCACAGGAGGACGUCAAGUCCUUGCAACCAGGUGGCAGCCGAAUUAAAGGACAAGGUAAUGCCUCAAAUAUGCUGAAAAAAGGUGAAUCCCUAAUGGAGGAGAGCAUAACAGGACCUUUAACACAACGUCUAGUAUCAGCUCUAAUGGAAGAAUCAUUACUAACGCUUCCCAGCGAGCAGGCGGCAGUGGGAGAUUACAGCAAUGCCAGUUCAAAUACAACCAGCACCACCGCCAGCACCAUUAGCAACAGCAAUGAAAAUAACGCGGGAGGUGGUGCUGGUGGUGGUGGUGGUGCUGCUCCUAAUGCAGGAAAUUUCCGAUCUCUAGCAAUGCUCAAACAUGGCCUGGGCAUUGAACAGCGUUUGAAAAAAGAGCUUAUCAAUACCGGUCUCAUCGAAUCCGCCGAACCAGAUGACGUGGAUGAGGUACUAUUGGAAAUCAAGCGUGUCACAGCGGAAAUUUCAACAAUUUCCCAUUUCAAUAGCGAAGAACUGAAACGAUUACGUCAAGCGGCCAGCGAAGAGAUUAAACGCAUUGAAUUGAAACGUAAAUUGGAUUUUGUCGAUCAAGAAAUUCUCGAGUGCUAUAAACGUAUGCUGCAAUAUCGCUCUAAACGAAAAGGACAUUCGUUGGAGGAGAAACAGGAAAUCCUACGCUUAACCAACGAACAGCGUCAAUUGGCUGUGCAAUUGGAGCAAAUGCAUCCAAUAAAUCCUAGCGGUUCCACAGUGGAAUCCAAAAUGUAGGACAGGAGCCUCGCCUGGUCAUGGUUACAGCUAAUAACCAUGCAUCGGGCAGUGAAAAAACAAACAAAAACUGAUUUAAAAUGAUUUAAAUACUUUUACUCCUUCUUCUCCUUCUUCAUCACACACACACACACACACAUGCACACACACUCUACAAAAAAAACUCAAAAAGUACAUACAAAUGUAAUUAGUAUAAAAACAAAAGAAAAAAGAAAAAACAACAAAUUAAAAAACCAACCUGCUUUUCUUGUCUUCAAACUCAACUUAACACCAAGAACGCUAACAACACUUUGAUGUUCUUUAUAGACUACAACUUAUUAGCCGGAUGUAUGUAUAUGUAUAUACAUAUGUACUUAUAUAUACAUAUUUGCUUUGCUCUACCGAUAAGCGUCUCUUGGGCUUUAAUUAUAUCCAAAGAAAACAAAAAAAUUCCACUGACUUUCCAAUAACAUUCUUUUGAAUUUCAAAAGGAAAAACGCAGUGAUUAAAAAAAAAGAAAAGAAGUAAAUUAAAAAUACCUAAUUCCAGCAUAUAGAUAUCCAUAAUUUACCAUCAUGAAUCAUGAUCGAAUGCAAACGGCAUAAUAAAACAAACAAUUUUUUACUUAUA